GUUUAAUCAGCAAAACACCUCUUACCUCUUCAGGUUUAAUCAGCAAAACACCUCUUACCUCUUCAGAUUUUUAGAAAUUUUCCAAAAUGCCCUGCUUCAGUCGGUGUUGUUGUUGUGUGAAUCUGAGGACCGGAGGAUUGAUGAUGGGUGUGAUGACCCUGGCGCUCUCCGUCUUCUCCGUCAUACCGAUGUCCAUCUCCUUGGUGAACAGGGAUUAUAUGGCCAAGGUUACAGUUCAUAUGCUUAAUAAACAUGGACGGGAUGCAGAGAACAAGGAGGAUCCCUUCAGUUACUUGGAUUUUUGGGGAACAGUCUCUGAUGUAGUUCAGGAAGGAGGAGAGGAGGAACUACCCGCAGAUGAUGAUCCACAGGUUGAAAGAUUGAGAGCUUCAAUGCUAGUAUUCUUCAUUGUCUGCAUAAUUUUGUUGGUUGUGUAUCUAUUUGUGUCUCUGAUGCUCAUGUACGGAAGCGUCAAAGGAUCUCGGUGGUGCCUCCUCCCCUGGCUGGUUUCAACCCUGCUCUUUAUCAUUGCGUACAUGGUCGGCAUGUGUCUCUCAACCGUACUCUUCGGAAUAUCCGUCCUAUCCCUAGCUUUCCUAGUUGUAGCAGUAGUAGAGAGUGUAAUAGCUCUAUAUCUGUGGCUCUGUGUUGUAUCUCUCUUCCAACAUCUAGCUAAUAGACAGACUGCAAACCAGGUGAGAUAGUUCCUUCACAAUAAU